AUGUCUCUCCGGCUGGCGUGUAGAACAGGCCGCCUCAUCCGCCAUGUCCCGCCUCGUUCUGCAGUUGCUGCUGCCACUCAGCUGAGCCGGGCUCUCCACUCUUCCAAGCCUUCGAAAGCCUCCGCCUCCCCGUUUACGGAGCCGACGUCCCCCAACCCGGCCCUGACUGUCCACGCUGAGACGACGGAGAAGCUGCACUCUUACGGCUCCUACCUCCUCCAGUGCCUCCCCAAAUUCGUGCAGCAGUUCUCAGUCUUCAAGGACGAGCUCACGCUCUACAUCUCCCCGUCCGGUGUCAUUCCCGUCCUCACCUUCCUCCGGGACCACUCGCAAUGCCAGUUCAAGAGUGCAGUGGACAUCAGCGGCGCCGACUACCCCGAGCGUGACAAGCGGUUCGAGGUCGUGUACCACCUGCUUAGCGUCAAAUACGCCAGCCGUAUCCGGGUGAAGACCUAUGCGAGCGAGGUGGACGCCGUCCCUAGUGCGAUGGCGGUGUUCAAGGGCGCAGAUUGGUACGAACGCGAAAUUUGGGACUUGUACGGCGUGUUCUUCCAGGACCACCCUGAUCUCCGCCGCAUCCUCACGGACUACGGUUUUGAGGGGCAUCCGCUUCGGAAGGAUUUCCCGUUGACGGGUUACACUGAGGUCCGGUACGACGAGGAAAGGAAGCGGGUUGUCUAUGAACCGCUGCAAUUGACUCAAGCUUUCCGAAACUUCGACGCCUUGUCGCCCUGGGAGCAAGUCGGCGACGGUACCGCCCCAAAGAGGCCCGACGAGUUCAAGCCCGUCCCGCCCCCGCCGCCUCCCGCAGAGGAGAAGAAGUAG